CUUACUCGUCAGUAUACGAGGACAGCGGCAUCGCGCGGCCGCGUCUGUACCUAGCUUUAUUUUAGAGAUUAUCGUAAUAGAGAUUUCCUGUUAUACCAACCAGUGAAUAGAAGCAGUACUCACAAACUACUCAUAUUACAAGUAGAAGACAAACAAAAAAAAGAAGAAACUGGCGCCGUCAAGCAAAAAAAUGGUAAAAGACAUUAAAAAAAGUGGCAUGGAUGGCCUAAUUGGUAAAUCGUCUAAAAAAUCGGGUAACAUUUUGGACUAUGGAAAGAAACAAACGAACAAUGUUUCUGUAAAAACUACUUCUAUGAACCUGUCUUCAAAGAAAAGCAAUACAGAAAACUUUGAUGGAAAAACGUCUAGUACCAUGACUAAUCUGAAACAAACCAAAAAUAAUUUUGCGACUUCAACUUCGACAAAUAAUGAUAAGAAAUAUUCCCCAAAUGUUUUUGGAGAAAAGGCGGGAAGUUCUAAAAGUCAUGGAUUUUCCAGCUUCGUGCCACAAUCGAAACCAAUUGCAGAUAUGAACAAUGUUUCUUCUUCUCAUAAGGAUGCUAAAAAUAAAAAAUCGUCAAUUACAUUUGGCAUAAUAUGGCUACCAACGAAAAGACGCAACAAGUUAAAAGAUAACUUAAAAAACAGCGAUGUACGUGACCGUUCUAAAGAAAGAACACCUUCAAUGUAUAACUUCAUGUCUGACCGGUCGUUGGAUCAAAUCGAAACAAGUAAGGAACGAGAUCUGUUUACUUCUGGAACACUGAAAAUGACUUCUCCAGUUUUCUUUGGAAAAAAAACUAGUGAACAAUCUCUCGAUCUGAAUCAUUUGGAUUAUGACAAAUACGACGAUCACGACGAACGCGAUAGAAAUGGUGCCAGUGUCUCCAAUACAAGUGUGCAUGGUGCGGUAGAAGAUAUAUCAAAUCAAGAACCCAACGCUGAUAAGCCCCAACAUAAAGGUGAAGAUGUUGUUGAUAAGGUUAAUAUGCUGAAUCGACAAUCCCUAUCAAAGGAUCAAACUGCUGACUCCACGGUGGAAAAGGAGGAAUGUUUGGUGGUAUGGCUUCAUUACUUGCUGCAAUGUAGUGAUUGUUGUAUCAUGUAAAUAUGAAAUUGAUUUAUUGAUUAUACAAUGGUAACAACCGAGGCAUAAUCUUUGUAAAAAAACAUAGUUACACUUCUUUCUUAUGUGGUCCUAAUAUUUGCAGAUAAAAUAUUAACUAAGUCACAAAAUAAUAAAGUAAAAAGUGCAAUGUUUAUUAUUCUAUUCUAUUCUAUUUCUUGUUUAUGGCUCUCCCUCAGUGGAUUGGGCCAGUGAUGUUCAUUUUUUGAUGUUUGUUUACAAAGUUUAUGUCCAGAUAUUAACCUGUGUAUGAAACAUUGUAUUUUGAUUAAUGUAAUCUAACUCAUAAUUAAGAAUUGUAUGGUAGUCAUAGUCUAUGUAUCCCAUUUUAAUAUGGAGUAUUUUUAAUACUUAAAAGAAAUAUUGCUCAAAUAUUUUCUUUUUAUACCCACCAGUUAAAUUUCAUGUUGCAUUUAAAGUUAAUUAAAAUUAAAUUUAGUAGACUUUUUGAUUUUCAAAAGAUGUUAAUCAGCGUUGUGCUGUUAUAUAGGUUUUUUAUUUAUCAAUCAUAUAAUCUUUGUGCAUUUCAAUAGAUGGGAUAAGUUGAACAUGGAAGUACCAUAAUUUCGUAUCUGAAGAAAUUAUUUUUGAUAAAUUUAUUGCAAAACUUACAUUAAUUAGCUAUGUAUUCUUUUAAGAUAAGGCUUUUGUAUUGAUGGUAUUAAUUUUUAUAUAUUAUAUUGGUGCCAAAUUACAAUUAAAAGAGUAUCGAAUACGAAAGGUUUACAUUGUUAAAACAAUCUCUUUAACCAUAAAAAAGUCCCUACAAACUACAGUAAGUUUGAUCGGAUUUGCCUAUCGAGCCAAAAUCACAAUAAAUUUCCUAUGAAAUUUGUACAUCUCUAUACAUUUUUCAUUCUUAUUAAGAGACUAACUAAAAUAUUGGUUGAUAUAAAGGCUACAGGGGUUCUCAAUGUAAAUUGUCUGUUAAUUUAUUCUUAGAAGUUUUGGUUGUCUUUCAAUAUAUUUCCAGAUCAUAGAUUUUUUGCUGGAAGAAAUAAUACCAGUUAUAUUUUAAGGACUAAAGAACAUAGCAAGUUCCUAAUAUUAUUUGGCAUGGAUGUUUAUUUUUUUAAUAAUUGAGGUUGAUUAUAAACUUACUUAAUUAGAACAAUAAAGUAACAAUAAAGUAAAUGGAAGAAAUUACAAUUUAUGAAUAUAAGAUUGGACAUUGUAAACUAACCUUUUUUCAAGGUUUUAACACUGAAUGUAUCUUAGCUGUUAGUUUAUCUUAGAACAUUUACCGAAAUUAUAAUAAGAUUCCUAUGUGGUUUGUCAUUAUAACAUGUAAUUUUCUAUCCAUAUUGUCACCAUUUUUGCAUAUUGGAUUGUUGAUUGUUACCGGACAAUUUAUAAUUUGGUAGGACAGGCCCUAUAUAAAACAAAUUAAGUCAAUACUUGCCUUAAGCUAUUAUCAGAUAUUAUGCUUAAAUGAUCUGAAGAAUGCAUGUAAUGUCCUGUCUAUAACUGCAUAUAUUUGAAUCUCUUUAUGCUCAAUUAAGUGUUUCAAUGUGAUCUCUUAUUACAUUGCUAUUUAGUAAUGUAAAGUAAAUGCAGUUAAAUACAUAUCUUCAUUGUCAUUUUAAUAAUUCCAUUUAUUUUGUAGUGUUUUCAUCAACCUCAUUCAUUUAGUACUUUAUAAGGAUUUUACAUUUAUUUCUAUAGUUUUAAUUUUAAAUAUAAGCGUUUUAUAUUCUCAUUGUAAUUUGUAAUUGGUGCAGCUAGUUUCUUUGAGCCCUGAGUUAGUAAUAGUCCAGAUAUUGGAAAUAUGGACAAAGGCUGAUUUAUAUUACUUUAAUAUUUAUGUUAUUGGGAUCAAUAUACUAUAGGGUAUAUAUUUUUGUUGGCACAUAUUUUUUAUAAGUUGAAGUAAUGUUUUUACAUGUUACGAUGAUUCAGAAGCUUGCAAAUUUACAUCUUGAUUUUUAAUAUGAUGUAUUAAAUUCACAACUACAAAUGUUAUUCUUAAUUAAGUAAAUUAUUCGGAAUGAAAUUUCUUCGUACGAAGUCAGUUUGUUGGUUUAAAAUUGGCACAAUUAGUGUAUUACUUUUUGAUUGCUUGUAAUUGAUUAAAGUUAAAUUGAUGACGGACAAUGUCAUUUGAUAUGUACUGUUGAAGGGGUAUAAUUGUAACAUUUGAAGUAUUAUUAUAGUAUUUAUAUGAAUAACCUUGUAAUUGAUAGUGAGAAAUAAAUCAUUGUGAUAUUGGAGUCUCAAAAUUUUUACAUUGAA